AUGGAGAUCCGACACGCUUUGCCCCAGGAUUUCUGGGAGCUGCCAUACUGCUUGAAGAUGAGGAGCAAAUACGCCAUCCUGCUGGUCUUUGUCGUCGGCCUCGUCAUCAUUGAGAAGGAGAACAACUUCAUCUCCAGGGUGUCAGACAAGCUGAAGCAGUCACCGCAGGUGCUGGCGGAGGCCAACGGCACGGACACCAGCCCGGUGCUGGCCGAGAAUGGCUCACUGGCCUCGCUGCAAGAACUGGACGCCGCCUUCUCCCAGCUGAGGUCCCACCUGCACAACAUCACGCUGCAGCUGGCAGGCAACAGGGACCCCAGGCCACGGCGGCACGUCCUGCUGAUGGCCACUACCCGCACCGGCUCCUCCUUCGUGGGGGAGUUUUUCAACCAGCAAGGCAGCAUCUUCUACCUCUUUGAGCCCCUCUGGCACAUCGAGAGGAUGGUGACCUUCGAGCCAGGAGGAGCCAAUGCAGUGGGCUCAGCCCUGGUCUACCGGGAUGUCCUCAAGCAGCUCCUCCUCUGUGACCUCUACAUCUUGGAGAGCUUCAUCUCGCCAGCUCCCGAGGACCACCUGACGCCCUUCAUGUUUCGCCGGGGCUCAAGCCGCUCACUUUGCGAGGAGCCCGUCUGCACACCCAGCACCAAGAAGGUCUUCGAGAAGUACCACUGCAAGAACCGCCGCUGUGGCCCCCUCAACAUCACCCUGGCCGCUGAGGCAUGCCAGCACAAGCAGCAUGUGGCCCUGAAGACCGUGCGCAUCCGGCAGCUGGAGUUCCUGCAGCCACUGGUGGAGGACCCUCGGCUGGAUGUACGCAUCAUCCAGCUAGUGCGGGACCCCCGGGCUGUCCUGGCCUCCCGCAUGGUGGCCUUCUCUGGAAAGUAUGAGACCUGGAAGAAGUGGGCAUCCGAAGGAGAGGGAGGCUCCCAAAAGCGGUGCAAGUGCGAGGGCCUCCGUCUGUCGGCCGAGCUGGGGCUGCGGCGGCCGGGCUGGCUGCGGGGUCGCUACAUGCUGGUACGUUACGAGGAUGUGGCCCAGGCGCCCUUGCAGAAGGCAGAGGAAAUGUACCGCUUCGCCGGGCUCCCCCUCACCCCCCAGGUGAAGGAGUGGAUCGGCAAAAACACGCAGGCACCCCACGACGGCAGCGGUGUCUACUCCACCCGCAAAAACUCCUCUGAGCAGUUCGAGAAGUGGCGAUUCAGCAUCCCCUUCAAGCUGGCGCAGGUGGUGCAGGAUGCCUGCGCCCCAGCCAUGCGCCUCUUUGGCUACAAGCUGGCCAGCAGCCCCGCUGCGCUGGCUAACCGCUCCUUCAGCCUGCUGGAGGAAGCACAGCCCUCCUGGGUCACGUAA